GCAUUGGCAUACUACCGCUUCGAUGAAUUUUCGCUGCGGCAUACCGAUGGAGGCCGAGUUCACGCAUUGCAAGCAUCCAGAUGCCAGAUAAUCAUGGCAUCCUUCUUUCAGCCAUCUUUGACUGGACCGGAUGUCGAUGUUGCUCCUGGCACAAAAUUUGCAAUUGUUUGGAAUGCAACGCUAAAGGGAUCUCAGCUCACUCUUUACUGGUACCAAACCCUUGUCAUCACAGUCGGGUGCACCUUCUUCGUCGUUGGGCUCGCAAACUUGAUAUUGCAAUACACCCGAAAGAAGCGACGCUUAAAGAGGAACCCUUUACCGCCGAGCAUCCAACGAUUUCUCCAGCUUCCGAAAGCGUGGUUACGACCAAAAGAACCAUCACCGAAAACACAAAAGGAUGAACGAAUUCUCGAUGAGAAAGCACCGCUCAAGCCUCUGUUCUCUCCGCCCAAACUGUCCCUGGUCAAGACCUUUUGCGUAUCCGAACAUGAAAUUCCUGUUCAACGGUUCCGUUCCAAUUUCGACCUGCACGUUAUUGGAUUGACCGGGGAAAGGGUAGUCGAGUCAGCGCCAGAGCCUGUGCCUGUUUCACCUGUUGCGACUCAGAGCAAUGGCGAGCGACCGCCAUCCGAAGUGCAGAGUCCUCCGGAAAGCGCAGUCUCGUCCCGACGUUUGACUCAAGAGUCGCUAGAGAGCACCGCCCAUAAUACAGCUCGGGACUCAAUGCACCCUCCCCGAGCGUCCGCCGACGUUCAAGAUGCAGGCCAGACCCAGACAAUCUUCUACGGCGCGCCGAAACCCACUGCAGGACUUUCAGGAAAGAGCAUACAAGAGAGAGCUGCCUUGAUCAACGAUCUCCGUCUCAAACAAGGAUUGCACGGUGUGGUGAUACCAUACGACGCCAGUAAUUCUGCUGAGGAGAUUAAUGCGCUUCUUGAGGCGUUGGGAAGCCUCCAUGUGUCGACUAUUCUCAUGGGCGAUCCUGAUUCGAAACUCCUCGAAUCAAUCCACUUUGGACUCAUGGACGGCCUUAUAGUCCAGAACGCCAGUGUUCUGCCUGAUGGUCAACGUCGAGAUUUCUUCCGGGCAGUACAAGUAAGAGAAUGUGUCGCAAGGUGCAAGCGUCAGAUGAAGCUUCGUCCUGAGUUUUUUAUGGGUUUCCUCGAGAUGUGGACAGUAAGGCCAUCUGCAGCAACGCUUCGACGAGCUUUCAAGCUUGCAGACUUCUUCGGAGCUGUGAUCCAAGCACAAGCGACUUCUCAGCACAACACUCGGACCGACAUGUGCCUCAGCGGAUUUGACUGGCUCAAGCGCCCUGAGAUUGUGUAUCUUCAAAAGUGUUGGAUUGAGAAUCCUGCGACAAAGGAGGUCUCGAGUCUCGACACUGGGAGCAAUCAUCUUGAUGUUCAAAAGCUAUCGGAGGUCCUCGGACCGGCAGAAGCACUCCUUGCACCGGCCCCCCUGCCUCCAGAUCUGCUUUUGGUAAAGGGCGAACAUUUGGAGACUGUCUUUAGCCCUGAUUACGUUACGGAUGCUCCGAGAAGGGACAGUAUCUGGGACGUAGCUAGUUGUGGAGUGCCACUCUGCGAGCUUGGAUGUUUUUACUUACGGGAUCAGAUUACCAUGGAACACUAUGAACGGAUCUUGCAGACACAGCGUGGCUUGAAAGAGUUGAAAAUGCUUCAAGUGUAUGCAGACAUCGAGAUCAUGUCGCUGUCCAAAACCAUGAGCACAGCAUUGAAACAUUCUUCUCAACCAAAACUGUUGCAAGGAAUGCUCGACUAUCUUACCAAGGGCCGCCUGCGAAUCUACAAAGGGUUGGAUAGUGGUCUUAGUUUGCCCGAUGAUGGUGGACAUUUGCUCGGUCUAUCGGACAGCUACCAGGAACAUGGGCAUCGUGUCAUUGACAUAUACAUCUCUCUCAAGAAUGUCCACGAUGCGGCCACGAUUUGGCACGUGUGGCUUGCUCGUCAUGGCAUACCGCGUCUGCAAUGCUACGAAGAAGAACUGUUGUUCUUGCCAGGCGCGCGUCUUCCGAAAAGUCUACAGCAAGAGCUGAACCAAUGCACGGAAGCCGAGUUGAUCUCGAUUGUUCAACAAAUCAGACUGGCGAACACAGAGCAUCCAUUUAAUAAGGUUAUUAUCGAAGUUUGUACUGCCCUGCUGCUCGAAGACAGUAGCAUGACCACCUGGAAAGCCAUACACUCCCGCGCUUGUCUCGAUGACUCGAUGAGCAUGUCAGAGAUCAUUCAACUACGCCUCGAACAGUUUGCAAAACAAGGCGCCCACGAGCUGCCCCGACUAGAUAGACUUGUUGAACUCUCUGAGCUUCUCGAACGAAAGCUACAAGACGCUUUAUUCGCCACCGACAGAUCCACCUUAAAUCAGCUGUCAGGUCCCUUAGUUGAUGCCUACAAUUCUAUCGGUACGGCUCGUCCGGCUGGAUGUGUGCUCGACCUCUACGGGCUGAUAUACUUCUGUUCUUUACGGAAGCUCGCGUAUGAGGACGUCUAUCUCGAAACCACCGACAGAUGUCCACUGUUCUUGCAACAACACGACCAAGCUGGAGUUUUCUCUGAACUUUGGGUUCUAGGCUCGCAGUGCGAGAUAUACUUUGGCAUCCUACCGCGAACACUUGGAGAAAUCACCUACGACAGGUAUCAUGAAUAUCUGACAGAUCAUCCGCCGCCACCCGAAUCAUGGGAUGGCAAGGACGUGUUCACCGCAUACUCGAACACAGAAGCUCGGAUCAAGCUUGAAGGUCACGGUAUCAUGUCAGGUUCUGGGUCUCCUGUAGAGCUGCCGGGGCAAGCACCUGGCUACAAGCUGGACGAACCAGACUCAACGAAAUAUCUUGCUGACGCCGCCGGUGCGUUUGGUGCUCUCUCCAUCUUCUGUUUUCCUGCUGUCAUCGACGUUUUGUUGCUUUCAUUCCUCGGCCGUGGCUUCUACUUGACAGCUUACAUGGACAAUGUGGUCGUAAACAUGGCCAACUAUGCUAUUCUUACUGCACUCCUGAUGACAGGUGGUAUCACUGGCUGGGUGGGCAGUACUGGUGGCUUUUAUCUCUUCAGCUUCGCGUUUGACAACAUGGCGCAUUUCAUUGUUCAGCGUUUUUCAGCGGCGUUCAUCCUGACCACAAUCGUAGCAUUCUGUGGCUUCUUCGCGUUUGGCGCCCAGGUGUCCUGGUUCGGUGGUUUCAUUUUCCUCAUCUACCUUUACGCCUUAACGACUUUCCUAAACUUACUUGGUAUGUUCGCUACGAUGCAUCGACUCGGCUGCCCUCUGACUUCUGGUCGCACUGCGAUGUGGAGAUGCAUACCCAUCCUUUUCAUAUCGCCAAUCCUCACCACCUUCGUCAACGGCCAUGAUCUACUGAUCUAUCUCCUUAUCAUUUACACCUUCAUCAUAACGCUCCUUGUUACCUUCCGAAACCUCCUCCACGAAUGGACAACUUGGCUGGCGAAAGUGCCAUCAGUGAAAGAGAAGGAUUUGAUGACGUGGUACAGCAACAAGAUGAAGGACGAGAAAUCUGUCUUGGAGAGCGACUCGCAGAAGCUGGCAGCUGCUGCUCGUCUUGCUCUGAGACAGGAGGUUCACAAAUAUGGAAACAGAAAUCUGUUUCGCAAACUCUUCAAAGACGAGAAAGGUACGGACCCUUUUGUCAGGAAGAUGGGCAUUGGUCAUCCGUAUGCUCUCUGGCUUCUCGAGAAAGAAGCUGGUGGAGCAGAUCUGCCUGAAAGUUAUACCACCACUUGGUUCGUGCAGCUUGAGCUUGCUUUUGCCAACCAGCGGCAGUUGAUGCGUGGUCUGAAGGAGCACAGUCCGUUCAUCACAUUUCGCUACUCUAAGUACGAUCUUGGACAAAACGUGGGACUGUUCCUUGGUGCUCUCAUGGACCGCUGGAUCGACAUUGUCAUGAGCGCUCGACGGCCUGUGAUUGUCACCUAUUUUGACGAUCGGGCGCGAUAUGGAAUCUGCUUUGGCCUUCUUUACUUCCUGCUUGGUGCCGUUGCAGUCGACUUGGUGCUGCAGAAGUAUUGGCCGCUGGCAUCCGCGCUUCCAGAUCGCAAGAUCACGGAAAUGUCUGUCUACAACGAAUUGAAAAGCAAUCAGAAACGUCUUCGCAACAUGUAUUAUCGCCGCGCUUUGGCAGAGCUUUUGUCUUACUUGGCCAUCAUCUUCGGUGUCAUGACCAUCUUCAUAUGGGUCUUUGUGAUCAAUCAUCAGUCCAUCGUCCUUUAUUUUCUGUAUGCUUCGGGAUACACAGCAGUGUGUCUGUUCCAGUUCAACCGAUGCUUUACUCAGAACCCCAAAGCGCAUGUAGUAGCGGUGCUGAUGUGCUGCGGUGUGGGGUUCGUAGUCGGAUGUGUCCUCCGUGCGGUGCCUUCGACAUCUCAUCUAUUCUAUGAUUAUGUCAUUGGCUUGAACGUCACCACCAUCUCAGCCGCCGUAAUCACGUUUCUACUGACUGGCUACUUCUCUUCACCUUUCAACAACAUUGACAACGUUGGAGACGAUAUUACGAAAGAAGAUAGAACUCGAGGGAAACGCUCAUCAGCCAGCAAGCAAGCUGAACCAAUGAGUUGGGCAACUUCCUUCAAGUCACAUGGCGACACUUUGUGUAAUCUGUCUCACAACACGCAUCGCAAGAUUUUACAGCACUUGUCUCUCGAUAUCGACGUAAAUGUACAAUGGACGAAGAUACCAGAAGACGUUCGCUGUCUUGUCUUGUGUCGUUUGCUGGGAGUUGAUGGUCACACGACCUCCUCUGCUCGAGCAUGGCUAGCAGCACAAUCAAAGAGCAUAGAAGAGUCGGAUGAGUUGCUCGAAGAUUGCUUGAGAGACUACAGAAGAAAGGUAACCAAUGUCAGUCAGGAUUCGGAUAACGCGUUCAAGAUCGCAGGCUCGUACAGAGAUCCCGAGUUAACCUCAGCCUUGGGCAGAAAGUUUGGAGUAGUCUCAAAGCUCAAGCGUUCUAUCACGAGUAUAGGCUUUACUAUCUAUGAGAUCGUUAGGUGGACAGCCCUGAUCUCUGGCGGCGCUCCAGAUGUCAGCCGUGAGCUGUGGUUCGCUUUGAGAAAUAACCCAUCACGAAAGCCACUCCUUUGGCUGCUGCUCAAAGUUUGGAAAGCCUGCUGGUUCGUCAAGAACUUUUGGACCUACCUGUUUCUGAUUCUCGGCAAGCCGUCUCUCUCUGUUUUUCUGGAUAUGAAAAACCGAGGAUUACCAAGGACGCUCCACGGCGAUAUUAUCACAGUUGACACACCCUUCUCAAAAACCACAGGCUUCCUGUCACGAGAUGUGGAUGGUAAUCUCGUGGUCGCGGCCUUCGACGGUAUUCAUGCGACUCCACCCGAGUCUCAAGCGCUCAGAGGUUUGGCAAUUUACGACUCAUCGUAUCGAAUCACGCAUUACGAGACGACACCAGGUGAUCACAAGAUGAAAACAACGUCCACCUUCGACUAUCAGAACAAGGAGUGGAAACGUUGGCCGACUAGGAAGAUUACCAAGGAAGCAUCAGGCCGCGAGGUCGUUUCCACAUAUGAUAAACACGGUCGUAUUGUCAGCGGAAGAUUGUUCCGUGGGGAUGUUGAGUUCUCUUUCGAGUAUCUCUAUCAGAAGAGGCCGAAAGGCAACACCGAGAUCCUUAGGGCCAAAUACACUCAAGAGGAUACAGAAGACACUCCACCUACAAUCUCGGUAUACUGGAGCGUGCAGCCUCGAUCUGGUUCCGAUAACGUCAAGCAUUGGGUUCCUUCCGACAAAAUUAGACGAGUCGUCGCAGUUUUGGAUGGUAUGACCUACGAAGUCGAUUGGGUAUAUAAGCAUGCAAGAGAUGCAGAUCUGGAAACGAAAGUCAUUGAUGAGACCGGGGCAGUAUGCACAGGUGUCGAAGCUCCGGCAUCUAUCUUGAUGGAUGAAUUUGGGCUACUAAAAAAACCAAGAGAUCUGUCCUUUGACAGUGUUGACUUGCUCAUCUACCAUCCAUUACGCUGGCUUCACAGGUUUCCAAAACAUGGAGAUACACCUUCCAAGCCACGUUCGUGGGUUAUGUCUCUGAUGCCCUUUGGCUAUUCACCAACAAAAAAGAAGGUCAUCUAUCGCAAGCUGCCGACAUCAGUGUUGAGGACUGCACUCUGGACGUUCUGGGCUAAACCACCUCAUCUGGAUGCAGUGUCUGCAUGCUUUCUAGACGAGAUGAUGCUUCGAAAAGAGCCUCUGCUUCAGAAAUAUUGGAGCCUUCGAGACGCUGGUCAUCUGCUCGAAGCUUCACAGGCCCUGGAUGAAGAUUUGGACUUGAUAAUAUCCGCCAUCGAACCAUCUGCCGAGGCGUCGCAAACUUGUCCACUUCUUAUCAAGGCGUCAGACUUGUUCGUCAUGGGUCUUGGAAAAGAUGCAAAUCAAGUCACAGCUCGUCCAGAGGAUGCGUAUCGCGAUACCUCAAAACUCACUUCUGUAAUCUUCUCUGACAAUGGGUGUUGGCCAGAUAAUCCUGGUGGUGUCUCAAAUUGUCGACGAGAUUUGGUCAACGGACAUACCACUAUCCGAGGUCACUGUCUGGCGGAGUCUGCCAAUGACUUCGGUAUCCCUAGGUACCAGAUUGAACAAAACAUCAACUCUCUGAAAAUUCUUCCGCUUUGGGGGUUGGACGGAAAAACGCCAUAUCACGGUGUGAUUGACAAUCUGCUCCAAACUCAGAUCGAUGAGAGGAUCUACGGAACGAGAAUAGAAGAAGAUAUCAAAUUCAUCUUCAUUCCUCUUUUGACAUCAUUUGUCAAGGGCGCACGCAUGAGACGCUACACUCGUAGUGACUUGGUUACCUUCAGCAAUGUUGUUCUAAAGAUGAACAGAUACUUUGAAAAGUGCGACUUCAACAAGACUUGGGACAACAAAGACGUCCAAGAUGCCUGGAUUCAAGCCUGGCUGAUUGACUACAAUGAUCCCAACAUCAGCAACUACCGUGACUUUUUCGAGAUUGAGCAAGCAACCAUGAGCGACUUCAAGGGCGCUCUUGAUCUGUACAUCUGCUAUUUCUUCAUCUACUCGGUUGAACUCCCAGCAGAAUGCCCUACCGUUUUCCAAAGCACUCAUCAUGGAAUCAGCAGUCUCUACGGUAUGCUGCUCAAGUAUCGACGCGGUACUACUUGGGGCAUCUGGGAUCAUGCAAUCUUAUGGAGAGAGACAUGCUUGAACAUCAGUCCAGCGCAAUGUUUACUCCCGAUACCAGUCCAGUCAAUGCUUCUCGCUGGUAUCAAGCUAGCUUGUCACCUGGCUUACACUCAUGUGGACAUUGUUCUGCCAUGUACGUCCGUCUUCAAUCCUGAUUGGGAAAUCGAUCUUGGCACGGAUCAAGGACUGCGUGGUAGCAAGAAGCUGUUCGCUCGCAAGAUCGACCCGAUUGUGAACGGUAUCGGAAACAUGGAUGCUUUCCAACCAGUUAUGGAAACACGAAGCAAGCUGCCAACCUGUGUGAUGCUGUCCAACGUCCAAUUCAUCAAGGACGUGAAGAAUGCUGUCCUAGCUGCGGAUGUUAUCGUGAACAAGUACGGCUUUAGCGAUUAUAGGUUGGUCGUUUAUGGUGCCCAAGACCGUCAGCCAAGCUAUGCACUGGAGACCACAACGCUGAUCAACAAUCGUAAUCUGAACGGCAAAGUAAUUCUCGCUGGAUUUGGUUCACCGAAAGAAGUUCUCAAGGAUGCUUGGCUAUUCAUGAACUCUUCGCUUUCUGAAGGUCUCCCUUUGGCCAUUGGAGAAGCUGCACUGUCUGGUAUUCCAAUUGUCGCAACGGAAGUUGGUGCCACGGCGCUCGUGCUCACGGAUCCAGACGACUCUACGAAGCGCUACGGAGAAGUCGUGCCUCCCAACGAUCCGGAAGCACUUGCAAGGGCGCAGCUGAGCAUUCUUGGUAUGCUGGGUCCGUGGACAGAGUAUACGAAUGACAAAAUCAAACCACCACCGCUUCCAGACUCUUUCAAGCCCGAAGAUGUUGCCUGGAUCCUCGCGCGUAUGUACGAGAAGGCGAAUGAUCGUCGCGCUCUAGGCCUCAAGUUGCGAGAUGUCGUCCUUCGCAGUUUCCACGGAUCGCGAUACCUCCGAGAGCACGAACAGAUGUAUUGGAUACAACGCAGCUGGGCAGAAACCCGUCGUUCUCCGCACAAACUCAGUCGACACCCGCCAGCCAAUGCCAAUUUUGGUGAGUCGAACAUCUACGAAUACGACGAUACAGCGGAUACUGGUGAAGAUGCCAAGGCUCGCUGGCAAGACUUCCAGCUGGACAUAUUGCAAGCAGACAGUCAUCCAAUGCCUCGCAAGUACAGCUUGGGCACAUAUGAAAGGGGAAUGUCAAGGGCAUAAUUAUUUUGGGGCUCUCAUGGACGAUGAACAGGGGAGUAGCGGUAUGUCAGAGUUCAAUUUCCUCAAAUUUACUUUUCCUUGUUCUUGGCAUACAUGCUCGUAUGACUUUUCAAUGCCCGACAGUGUGGAUUUACGUUGUAGGUAGCACGUGGGAAUGGUUUCGAAUACUCUUUAAAUCGACUCUCAUGUACUCAAAUAGGAGGAGUGAAGCGAAGAAACUCUUGUGAUUCGCUCCCACAACCACUCAAUGUACCCGUUACGACGCC